GUUUGUAUUUUAAUAAUGUUGCUACGAGUUCUGCAACCCCUUUGUAUAAGCGGAAGACAAAAUAAAUAAAUGUUUGAUUGAUUGAUUGACAUUAAUAAAAAAUGUAUAUAUACACUGUAUUUUUUUAUUGCAGAAAAUAUUUUCUUGGUUCAUGCGAUUUUCAAGAAUCAGAAUUCAGUCAACAUGGUUUACAAUCUCUUGAUUUUUCUCAGGUUAGAAGUUCUCAAGAACUAUUUUCCGAUCAUUUCUCACAGUCGGAAAAAGAGGAACCGUCCCAAAUUACUACAUCCAUAAAUUCAACAAGAAAAGCAUCAUUGAUAGAAGACUUUGGAAAAAAUACAGAUGAAAUGUUAAACGUUUCAAAAUUAUUAAUGGAUGCUAAGGAAAAAGAUGAAAAGGUAUUCUUAGAAAAAAUUUCUCAUGAUAUAAAAGAACAUUCUUUGAAAUUAUCAACUCUCUCUGAAAUUAUGCAAAAAAUGGUCGAUGAAAACAGAAAUAAUAAACAAAAAAUCUCUGAAUUUAUGGAAGGAAUAAACAAAUAUUUAGAAAAGACCGAACACGAAAUUUUGUUGACAUCACAAAACUUAAAAGAAAUAAUCAAGAUUCAGGUGAGAAAAUUAAAAUUAUUUUAAAAUAUUCUAUAUAAAAUAAAUUUACAUUUUGAUUGUGUAUGACACA